UUUUUUAUUUGGAAUUUGACAGCAGUUCUUGGCUUUUGUUUUCCUCCGCUUCUACGCGAGUGAGAUUUUCUCAGUUUUUCCUCUGCAUUUCUGGGCAUAAAACAUAUUAAUGUGGUGUCGUGGAAGACGUGCAAGUCCCUCUGAUCUAUUCAAUGGCAUAAGCAAGUGAAAAAGGGUUUAGUGGAGGCCGAUUUUAACGGCGCAGGGAAAGUGUCGCAGUGUCACAGAAAAUUUUCGCGAGUGAAAAAAAAUAAUGGCUAAGCGAAAAGGAAUUUCACAAUCUUUUCCAAACUCACUGUAAAAAAAACGGCAAUGAAGCCGUAAAAAGUGUGGUGGGUAGUAAACGGAUAGAGAAAUUGUAAGGAAGAGUCUGUGAUAGAAGGGUUUUGAAAAUAAAAAUUGCCCAAGGCCAAAAAAGGGGGCGCAAAAAGGGGCAGACAGUGUGGUAACUUCGGAACUUGUGUGUGGAUAAAUUGACAUCCGGAUACGAGAAACCAUACGCACCAUGUCCAAUCGCAUGAGAUCAUCAGUUUUAUCCGUAAACUUGGAUGCUGCAGCUCUCGCCAACGAUCCCCUGAGAGAGCUCUUCGAGGCGUGCAAGACUGGAGACAUUGUCACUGUGAAGAAACUCAUAAAUCCAUCAACUGUGAAUGCUCGGGACACGGCUGGGAGAAAAUCCACACCACUUCACUUUGCAGCCGGCUAUGGUCGUCGUGAAAUAGUGGAGUACUUGUUGGCCAAUGGUGGCUCUAUUCAGGCCCGUGACGAGGGAGGCCUCCAUCCGCUUCACAAUUGCUGUAGUUUUGGUCACGUCGAUGUAGUGCGUGUUCUCCUGGAGGCGGGUGCCAAUCCCAAUAUCAAAGACAAUUGGAACUACACUCCACUCCAUGAGGCAGCAAGCAAGGGGAAGGUGGAUGUUUGCAUUGCACUCCUUCAGCAUGGUGCUGAUCCAAAUAUAAGAAAUUCCGAGAAUAAGACUCCCCUAGAUUUGUCAGAUGCAAUAACGAGACCCGUACUCACGGGAGAAUAUCGUAAAGAUGAAUUACUUGAGGCAGCCCGAUCGGGAAAUGAGGAGACCCUUCUUGCCCUAUUGACGCCCCUCAAUGUAAACUGCCACGCGAGUGAUGGACGAAAAUCGACACCUCUACAUCUGGCAAGUGGCUACAAUCGCAUUCGUAUUGUGAAGAUUUUACUGCAAAAUGGGGCGGAUGUUCAUGCAAAAGAUAAAGGGGCACUCGUGCCGCUCCACAAUUCCAGCUCAUAUGGUCACUUUGAGGUGACGGAGCUACUGCUAAAACACGGGGCGAAUGUUAAUGCAAAUGACCUAUGGGCUUUUACGCCACUCCAUGAAGCAGCCUCAAAGAGUCGUGUUGAAGUUUGCAGUUUGCUACUCAGUGAAGGAGCCGAUCCCACACUUCUCAAUUGCCACAAUAAGUCUGCAAUUGAUUCCGCGCCAACGAGGGAGUUACAGAACAAAAUUGCCUAUGAAUACAAGGGGCAUUGUUUGCUCGAUGCUUGUCGCCAGUCAGAUAUUUUGCGCAUAAAGAAGAACCUCAAUUCGGACACGGUGAAUUUUGCACAUCCGUAUUUGGGUGAGACACCUCUGCACUCUGCUGUGCGGUCUGUUUCGCCGAAAAGGAAGCAGGUCAUUGAGUUGCUCAUUAAGAAGGGUGCACUGCUCAAUGAGAGGAACACGGAAUACCUCACAUCGCUCCAUGUGGCCGCUGAAUUGUCUCACUACGAUGCUAUGGAUUGUCUUCUGAAACACGGUGCCAAAGUGAAUGCGCUCGAUGGACUGGGUCAGACUGCUCUGCAUUUAUGUGCCAAGCAGGGAAAUAUUCAGGCUUGCAGGAUACUCUUCUCUUACUCAGUGGAUGCAACGAUAGUGUCACUACAGGGAUUUACAGCAGCUCAGCUGGCGCCUGAGUGCAUGGCAAAUAUUUUACGUGACCCACCAUCGGCUGAUUUAGAGAUUGAGCUACUGGAGGCAGCCAAAACCGGUGAUCUCAUGACUGUGCGUCGUAUUAUACUAUCUCAUCCGGAAAUGGUGAAUUGCCGUGAUCUCGAUGGAAGGAAUUCGAGUCCACUCCAUUUUGCGAGUGGUUUCAAUCGAGUUCCUGUUGUUGAAUUUCUCCUCAAGCACGGUGCUGAGGUUCAUGCAUCUGACAAAGGAGGUUUAGUACCACUGCACAAUAGCUGUUCGUAUGGGCAUAUUGAGGUAACGGAGCUCCUAUUGAAGCACGGAGCGAAUGUCAAUGUGGCUGAUUUGUGGAAAUUUACCCCACUCCACGAGGCAUCGGCAAAGGGAAAGUAUGAGAUUGUCAAAUUGCUUCUGAAGCACGGAGCUGAUCCCAAUAAGCGCAAUCGUGACGGUGCUACUCCGUUGGAUCUCGUGCGUGAGGGUGAUCAGGAUGUUGCAGAUCUUCUGCGGGGCAAUGCUGCUGUCCUCGAUGCAGCAAAGAAGGGGAAUCUGGCACGGCUACAGCGUCUCAUAACGCCGGAAAAUAUCAACUGCCGUGAUUCUCAGGGUAGAAAUUCGUCACCACUUCACCUUGCAGCAGGAUAUAAUAAUUUCGAAGUAGCUGAAUACUUGCUGGAGAAUGGGGCUGAUGUGAAUGCUCAGGAUAAGGGGGGACUUAUUCCAUUGCACAAUGCCUCAAGCUUUGGACACAUGGACAUUGCUGCUCUGCUCAUAAAGCACAAUACAAAAGUCAAUGCAACAGACAAAUGGGGUUUUACGCCACUCCAUGAGGCAGCCCAGAAGGGACGAACUCAGCUCUGUGCACUACUUUUGGCACAUGGAGCAGAUCCCUAUGUGAAAAAUCAAGAAGGACAGACACCAAUUGAGUUGGCAACAGCAGAAGAUGUUAAAUGUCUCCUUCAGGACGCUAUGACAUCUUCCAUUGCACCGCAACCUUCUCAGUCUAAUGUUGCAUCGUCAACUGCUUCCGUAACAAAUCUGUCCAGUAAUCAAACGACUGUUGUGUCUCCCAUUACGGAGACGGUAACCCUUCCCACGGGGGCCUCAAUGACCCUCUCGAUUCCUGUGCCACAGCUAGCGCCACGGGGAUCACUGAGUCCGCUACAAGGAGCGGAAAAUAAUUCAGAUCCCGAUCCAGACUUACCCGAACCACCUGUGCAGGAAUCAAUCAACACAGUAGGUGGUUUCCUGUCCAGUUUGCAACUUGAUCAUCUUGUGGAUUUGUUCGAGAGGGAACAGAUCACAUUGGAAAUACUCGUGGAAAUGGGGCAUGAAGAUCUCAAGCAGAUUGGUGUGUCAGCUUAUGGAUUCCGUCAUAAGAUUCUCAAAGGCAUUGCUCAACUCAGAGCCACAACAGGACUGGGACUAACACCAAGUCCAUUCACACUCUUAGUGGAUCUUCUGCCAGAUGAUAAGGAAUUCUUAGCCGUUGAAGAAGAAAUGCAAGCAACAAUUCGUGAGCAUCGUGACAAUGGGCAAUCUGGUGGGUAUUUCAAUCGUUACAACAUCAUACGAAUCCAGAAGGUGCAAAAUAGAAAGCUAUGGGAACGCUAUGCUCACCGACGUCAGGAGAUUGCCGAAGAGAAUUCCCAUCAGGCGUGCGAGAGAAUGCUUUUCCAUGGGAGUCCAUUUAUCAAUGCUAUCGUCCAGAAGGGUUUUGAUGAGCGACAUGCCUACAUCGGUGGUAUGUUCGGGGCUGGCAUUUAUUUUGCUGAACACAGUUCCAAGAGUAAUCAGUAUGUGUACGGCAUUGGGGGUGGUAUUGGGUGUCCAGCACAUAAAGAUAAAUCCUGCUACGUUUGUCCGCGUCAGCUACUUCUCUGCCGUGUGGCGCUGGGAAAGUCUUUUCUACAAUUUAGCGCCAUGAAGAUGGCACAUGCACCUCCGGGGCAUCAUUCUGUCAUUGGAAGACCAUCAGCUGGAGGGCUUCAUUUUCCGGAAUAUGUUGUCUAUCGCGGAGAGCAGGCUUAUCCGGAGUAUUUGGUGACAUAUCAAAUUGUGAAGCCGGAGGAUACAUCCAGCGGCACGGAGGAGGCAACGAGUUGAUGGACAGUGAAUCAAGUGCCAGUGAUGGUGGAUAAGAGGAGGAGGACGACGACGAUAAAUCUUUGCCGCAAUAAACUCAAUCAAUUCCUCGUGGUAACACCAGCGGUAUCUAUUGAGCCCUACACGACCAAAGGGAUGCAGCAGCAAAUGUGUGAGACACAACUAAUCUCCACAGAUGCCAUGGACAAUAGGAAGAAUAAUAACAAUGUGUCGCCGAAACGUUGGUGCUCCCUCAUUUGUGCUGCUGUACGUUGUUUCGGGGAUACUCCACACACCCAGACACACCUGAGGCGUCCACAUUCAAACCCACGAUACCAACUAGCCACUCCAGAGGGUAAUGGGUUUUAUGUAACCAAAUCACGGGAUAAGAACCUCAAUAUUACGUACCAGUUGUGACAACCAUCGUCCUACCAUCACGCCCUGUGCGUUAUUUCUACCCUCUUACUCCGCUAAAUGUCGCGCACCGAAAUUCACAUGCCCAUUGAAAUUAUCCCUCCCGAGAUUGUCAAAAGUGAUCACACGGGGUAUAUCGCCGAAAAAGUGAACCCGGUUGUAAUGUUAAGAAUUUUAUUUGUCUGUAAUUUAAAUGGAAUUUAGCUGUGUUCUCAAACAAUGUAGAUUAUAUUGCAAUAUUCACCGAAUAAACGUAUGAAAAAUUGCCAA